GCCGCCGAGGGAGGGAGGGACGGCAGAAGGAAAUCAAGGCUCUGCUGUUUGCAAGACUCGUAAGCGGUUUCAAGGGAGAUGAUUCUUCUUCAAGGGAGGUGAUUCUUCUCAGCACGCUGAGCCGUAGCCGGCCUGCGCUCCGCGUACGUGGGGAAGCAGCGACAAGCGCUGCCGGCUCGGAGCAGCUCCGAGAUGGCGCGGGUGGAAGCAGCAAGCGCCUGCUGGCCUCCCCUACCGCCGGACGCCAGGGGGCGCUCCGCCUCUGCCUGACCUCCGGGCCGGACUCCUGCCGCGGGCGGCGCGUUUGGCGGCGCUGCGCCGCUCUCUAUGGCCGUUGCCGUAGCAGGUCCUGUGUUUACUUCCGGCAGCCCGCCGCCGCCGUGCAUGGGGCGCGGGGGCGGCCGCCCGCCGCCAGCUGCCAUGGCCGAGCGCGCCGGGGAGGACGAGCUGCCGGUACCCGAAUCAGGUGCUGUAUUCACUUUUGGGAAAAGUAAAUUUGCAGAAGAUGUUCCCAGUAAGUUCUGGUUCAAGAAUGACAAGCCUGUGCUUAUAUCAUGUGGAGAUGAACAUACUGCUAUUGUCACAGGCAAUGGUAAGCUAUACAUGUUUGGCAGUAACAACUGGGGCCAAUUGGGCCUAGGAUCAAAGACCACUGUCAGCAAACCAACAUGCAUUAAAGCUUUAAAACCAGAAAAAACAAAACUUGCUGUUUGUGGAAGGAACCACACUUUAGUUUACACAGAAAAAGGAAACGUGUAUGCUGCUGGAGGUAACAGUGAAGGACAGUUGGGAUUAGGUGACACAGAGGAAAGGACCACCUUUCAUUUAAUCAGUUUUUUUACCAACCAGCACAAGAUCAAACAGCUAGCAGCUGGAUCAUACACUUCAGCAGCAGUAACCGAGGAUGGGCAGCUUUUUGUAUGGGGUGACAAUUCAGAAGGUCAGCUUGGCUUGGCUGAUGAAGCCUGUGUCUGUGUCCCUUGUCAAGUAGAUGUUGGAAAACCUGUUUCCUCUAUAUCCUGUGGAUAUUAUCACUCUGCCUUGAUAACAGGAGAUGGUGAGCUCUAUACUUUUGGAGAACCUGAGAAUGGGAAACUGGGAUUAUUGCCUGAACAGCUGAAAAACAAUAGAAUUCCACAACCUGUACUGGGAAUUAUGGAGAAGGUCAAUAAGGUUGCUUGUGGUGGAGAACACACAGUGGUGCUGACAGAGACAGAUGUCUAUACUUUUGGACUUGGACAGCAUGGGCAGCUGGGACAUGGUACUUUUAUUUUUGAAACUCCAGUACCAAAGUCUGUGAAGCACUUGAGGAGGCAUAAAAUAUGUAACAUCACAUGUGGAGAAAAUCAUACUGCUGUAGUAGCAGAGAAUGGCCUCAUGUUUACUUUUGGAGAUGGGCGACACGGCAAGUUAGGCCUUGGAGAGGAGAAUUUUACCAAUCAGUUUGACCCCACUCUGUGUUAUAACUUCCUGAGGUUCACAGUCCUUUUGGUUGCUUGUGGUGGUUGUCACAUGCUAGUUUUUGCUGCUCCAAGACCUAAAGGAUCUGAAGAAGUAAUCUUAGAUGAUUUAUAUGAGAGACAUUUGACUGCUACACUCUCUAAAACCAGUGGAGAGUUGCUGCUAGCAAACACCUUACAGCUAACAUCAGCACGACUGCGGCGUCGAGAGAGGGAAAAAUCACCUGAACAGUUUACUCGAAUGGUACAAACGCUGCCUCCACUAGGAGGAAGGUUCUUAAAGUCCUCACUGCCUGUGACUAGCAACACCAGCCCUUUCACUUUUUCUGCAACAAGUCUUUCUAAAGCUGAAGCCAUGAAAGACAGAGACCACGAAAAAGAAAGGAAUCGUCACAAAGAUAAACCUGGCAGAGGCUCUGCAGAAGAAGAUUCAGAUAAUGAAAAUAAAAACAGGCACCUUGGAGAUACAUCUGACAUCCUAAAUAUGACACAUGCAAUGAAACUGAAUCCCCAUGACCAGUCCUUAGAAUUAUCACCACUCCAAAAACAAAAGAAGAACAAUAAAAAUGUGAAACUGAAAAGAGAUGGUAAGGGUGGGCUGAAAACCAAGGAUUCAUAUUUAUUGAAGGAGGGCUCAAAAUUAGACUCUGCCUCUUUACAAAAGCAGCCUUCACGUUCAGAAUCACUGGGACAAGGUUUAGAAAACAGUAGUGCCUUUGUAGGGAAGCCUGAGGCCAAAAAAAACACAGGGAAAGGGACAUCUGAGCAUGCUCAAAGGGUUAGUAGGUUGAAAAAUGGUGUUCAACAAAUGACUAGGGAGAAACACAGAUUAAUGAAAAGGGAAACAGAAUAUGUGGAAAAUCCUGAAUUUGUCAGAGAGGCUGCAACUUAUAAUCCUCCCACUGAAAACCAAAUUUUGACUGCGAACCCAAAUUCUUCCAGUAAAAAGUCAAAAGUUGUUAAUUCUAAGCAAUCCCUUAAAAUAAAUGUACUCCCUUCUGAAUCGAGGGAUCAGCCCCAGACUGAUUCAUUAAUAGCACAAAAAAACAAUCUUGUUAAGAAGCAAGAACAAGAAGCAGUAGAAAGUCGACAUGAAAAAGAGGAUCUUGUUGAAAAGUCUGAUAAAUGUGUCGGAGGAGAAGGAAGUGAAGGGCAGAAAGCAUUGAAAAAAAAGGAUCACGUUUUGAAGCAAAUAGCUGUAACUAUGUCAUCAUUUUCCAGUGAGGAAAGUAGCAAUGAUCUUGCAAAAUACAUACUUAAGAGUAGAGUAAAAGAAGAGGACUACUAUGAAGGCAGAGAGGUGCACAAGGCAAUGAAAACAGUAGAAAAAGUGAAAGAUCUGGACUUAGAGAAAGAAGACAGUGAGAUUGAGGAGAUUCCAGCUGCAAACACUGAGAAAGAAUUUGUAGAAAAGGCUGAUGUAAAGAGCUUGAAUGAGGAAGAAACAAAUUCUGAAGCUAAAUAUGACAACGAUGGGCACUUAGAAAUUAAGAAUGAGGAGGAAUCUAAUCAAGAGCAGGAGAGUGAAAGCAGUGAAAAGAGUGAAAAAGAAAAAUCAGGUGAAACAGUUGACAGUGAACAUGAACUAGGGGAGGAAGAAGAAAAGACUGGGGUUACCAGUGAUAGAGAUGAAGUUUCAGUGGAAAGAGAUGAAGAGGAAGAGGGAAAAGAUAGUGAGGAAGAUAAUGAAAGAGAGGAAUCACAGGCUGAAAGAGAGAGUGAGAAUGAGGAUGCAGAAGAGACUGAGAAGAUUAAUCAGGAAGAUGGCAAAGAGCAAGGAGAUGAGGAAAGCAGGUUGAUGGAGGAAGAAAAAGAGAAUAUGGAGGAAGAGGAAGAGUAUGCCAAAGAGGAAGACACUGAAAAAGAAAAAGAGGACCAAGUUAAAAGUGAAGGAAGAGAUGAGAGUGAGGAAGGUGAAGAUAGAGUGGGUGAGGAAGAAAAAGAGGAGGAAGAAGAAAAAGAGAGGGAGGCAGAGGAGGAAGGAGAAGAUGAAAAUGAAGAAAGCAAAGUAAGGGACAAUAAAAAAGAUAAAGAGGAUGAGUUUGAAGAAUCAUUGGCAGGGAAGGAAGAAGAGGUAUCUGAAGAAGAACAGGGAGAGCAAGAUGCAUGUGGGAAGACUAAGGAAGUGGGGAAGAAUGAAGCGGAAAAAGAAGGAAAGGAGGAUGCUGAAGUGGAAGAGGAAGGAGAAGAUGAGGAAAGUGAAGAGUCAGAGGCAGAAGCAGAAGAGGGAGUAAAAGAUGAAAGAAAGGAAGAGGAGGACUGGGGAAAAGAAAACAAAGUGGAACAAGAUGGGAAAGAGGGAGAAAGGGUUGAAGAACAUGAGGAAGUGGGGAAGGAAGGAGAAGAGGGUUUUGAAAAGGAUGAAGAGGGAGAAGAAGAUGGAGGAGAAGAAGAGGAAGAGGGAGGAGAAGAAGUGGAAGAGGGAGAAGAAAAAGGGGAAGAAGAGGAACAUGAAGGGGAAGAGGUAGAGGGAGAAGAAGAAGAGGAGGAAGGGCAUGUGAGAGAAGAAGAGGAAGGGGAUGUGGGAGAAGAAGAAGGGGAUGUGAGAGAAGAGGAGGAGGAAGGGGAUGUGGGAGAAGAGGAGGAGGAAGGGGAUGUGGGAGAAGAGGAGGAGGAAGGGGAUGUGGGAGAAGAGGAGGAGGAAGGGGAUGUGGGAGAAGAGGAGGAGGAAGGGGAUGUGGGAGAAGAGGAGGAGGAAGGGGAUGUGGGAGAAGAAGAGAAGGAAGGGGAUGUGGGAGAAGAAGAGGAGGAAGGGGAUGUGGGAGAAGAAGAGGAGGAAGGGGAUGUGGGAGAAGAAGAGGAGGAAGGGGAUGUGGGAGAAGAAGAGGAAGAAGGGGAUGUGGGAGAAGAAGAGGAAGAAGGGGAUGUGGGAGAAGAGGAAGAAGGAGAUGUGGGAGAAGAGGAGGAAGGGGGUGUGGGAGAAGAGGAGGAGGAAGGGGAUGUGGGAGAAGAGGAGGAAGGGGAUGUAGUAGAAGAAGAGGAAGAGGCGGAAGAAGGAGAGGAAGAAGAGGAACAAGGAGGGGAGAAGGAAGAAGAAGAAGAGGAGGAGGAAGAAGGAGGAGAGGGAAAGGAAGAAGGAGGAGAGGAAGAGGAGGAAGAAGGAAGGGAGGAUGAGGCUGGGGGAGAGGAGAAAGAAGAGGAUGAGACAGAAGAGGAAGAAGAAAAGGCAAAAGAUAAAAGAAAAAGGUAUAAUAAUAAGCUUCAAGAAAAGAAAAGCAAAAGCAGGAAGCCGGAGAAGCCAGGGAGUCCUGCUUUCCCAAACAGUUCUAAACAAAAACUGCAGUCCAAACAGCAUGUAGCAAAUGGCUUACAUAAUUCAGAGCAAUUUUGGAACAAUGUGCUGCCUCAUUAUUUAACACUGAAGUAGCAUAGACUACUGGAGAUGCAUUUGAAGCCUAUUCAGGAAACUUUGGAACUAUGACAAAUUGAUUUUUAUUACAUAAAAAACUUCACAUAGUCAAAGUGUGCUAUGAUGCAUAUACUUAAAGUGCCAAUUGCUUGAAGAAGAGUGAAGAAAAUCCUGGAAUCACUAAGGCUGGAGAAGACCUUUAAGACCUUUAUAGGUUGGACUGGAUGAUCUUGGUCUCUUCCAACCUGCUUGAUUCUAUGAUCGUUGAGUUGAACUGUAACCCAGCUACCAUGACCACUAAACCAUAUACUGAAGCACCACGUCUGCAGCUUCUUGAACACCUCCAGGGAUGGAGACUCCACGUCCUCCCUGGGCAGCCUGUUCCAAAGCCUCAGCAGUCUCUCAGUAAAGAAUCUUUUCCUAAUGACCAUUUUAAACCUCCCCUGGCACAACUUAAACCCAUUUCCUCUCAUCCUAUUGCUAGUUGCUUGGAAGAAGAAACCAACACCAGACUCAUUACAACCUCCUUUCAGGUAGUUGUAGAGAGCAAUAAGAUCUCCCUGUAGCCUUCUCUUCUCCAGACUAAACAACCCCAACUCCCUCAGCCACUCCUUGCACAACAUGCCCUCCAAACCCUUCACCAGCCUCACUUCUCUUCUCUGGACACACUCCACAAGCUCUAUGUCUUUCCUAUACUAUUUUUCUUAGAUUUGGGAAGCUUUUAUAAGAGGAAUAAUAUCAAUUAUAUGAUCGAUACAGUCAUUUACACAAUCAUCUUUAUCACAUAUGACAUAUUUUUAAACCACUGAGGAGGCAAAACACAUCUCCCUCAAUCAAGUUCUAUUGUCAUGCUGACAACAGGAACUAUACAUGGUAAGAGUGUAACCUUCUUUGCCUUUGAGUCAAGUUCCUUAAGGUAAUAUAUCCACUUGAGUUGCAGGGCAACUUGUUAAUGUGCCUUAUGUGAUGGGACUGUCAAUACAUUAU